GUGUCGUCAUUUGGCCUUUUGGUAUUUGUUGCAAUAGGUAUACUGUCAACUCAAGAUCACAUAGGAGCUGACUCACCACAAUGCCGGCCAAUAUAUAUGUAUCCGUCUUAUGCUAGGGUGACAGGGUUUGAUUCUUCACAUACAAAAUUUGCUUCUAAAUACAAUUUGUUUCUUUACCGAGAACAAGGAAAAGACAAAGUUCCUACAGAGAAUGAAGAGAAUAUACUGGAUGGUAUACCUGUUUUAUUCAUACCAGGAAAUGCAGGAAGUUACAAACAAGUUAGAUCAAUAGCUGCUGAGGCAUCUAAUAUUUUUCAUGAUCAUAAACAUGAAGAACAGUUUAAAGGUCGUAAUUUGGAUUUUUUCUCUGCUCACUUCAAUGAAGAUUUUACAGCUUUCCAUGGAAGAACAAUGCUUGAUCAAGCAGAAUAUUUGAAUGAUGCUAUCCGUUUUAUCUUGUCCCUUUAUUCAAAUUCUUCAAAUCCUCCAGAGUCGGUGUUGCUACUUGGGCAUUCAAUGGGAGGUGUUGUUAGUAGAGUGAUGUUAACUCUUCCAAAUUACGUUGAGAAUUCAGUGAAUACAAUUAUAUCACUUGCAUCUCCACAUGCUGCUGCUCCUGCUACAUUUGAUGGUGACAUUAUGAGGGUAUAUGGUGCUACCGAUAAAUUUUGGAGAGCUGGAUUCUAUGGUGAUGAAUCUAGUAUUUCAUCCAGAAGAUUGAAAAAUGUUACAUUGAUCUCCAUAACAGGUGGUCUUUUAGAUACUACGUUGCCAGCUGAUUACACGAUAAUGAAUGGGUUAGUUCCUGAUACUAAUGGGUUUACAAUGUAUACCACAGGGAUUCCUGGUGUAUGGACACCUAUAGACCACCUUGCAAUUGUUUGGUGUGAUCAAUUAAGAAAAGCAGUGGCAUCCACAAUGUUGAGUAUUGUUGAUCCCUCUUCCUCCUCAAGAACUUAUCCUUUGGCCAAAAGAAUGGAGUUGUUUCGUCGUGGUUUACUAUCGGGCUUUGAGGAUUAUGCUGCUCAAGAUUUUGCAAUAGCAUCAAACUCAACAGAAGUAAUUGUCAAAUUGGAUAAGAAAGAUGUUGUCACCUCUACUGGCUAUAGAACAAUGCUAUCAUCGCAAAAAACAUCUAUCAUUGACCUCACCAACAUCGAUCCCAAUUCUGUAUUUUAUUUUUUGAGUUCCUUAAAACCAUCUCAAACAAUAAAAGACAACUCCAAACCUUAUUUGAUGUUUUGUGAAGAUAAUCUUGGAUUACCUAGCAGGAAACAGACUAUUGAUCUCUCAUUAGGUGCUUCAAAAGAUGAUACUUUGGAAUAUGAAUGUGUAAAUAUUGGAAGUGAUGUAUAUCCAGUCCCAAAAUCAACCAAGGAUAUAAGUGAGGCUAGCCGUUCAUCAUUCGGGGGUGAUCAAUCACCAUUUUAUGCUGCACAGAUAAAGUCUGACUUGUUCAAGAAAUAUAAAUACAUAUUAUAUGCUGGACCAUCAGAUGCUGACUCCUCCUUCUUUGCUACUUGGUCUAUUGACAGAUUUGAGAGACAAUCAACACAAGUUAACAAUAGCAUAUUGUCAUUGUUGCUUGGAGCCACGGUUGAGCUUCCAGAGUCCUACUCUCUUGUUCAAAACAUUCAGUUCAAUUCCAUCAUUAGCAGUUUGUUGAGUUAUAAAGUUAAGUUUGAUUUUGAAAAGAUAGAGGAUAUGCCGUUUGAACCUUUUGCAAGGCAAUGGGUUGAAGAUCCAUUUGAAACAAAAUGGCAGUUGGGCUUACAAGAGAAUAAAAAGAUCUCAUUCCAUGGUAUUGCCCCUUAUACACCAUUCAAGUCAGCUUCCAAUCCCCUUCAUUUUCAAAUUUGGGCACCAUUCUCUGAGUGCCCUCCAAUGGUAUUCAUUAAAAUUGAUAUAAUUGAAAGUUUGAAGCUAUGGGUUCUAAGAUAUAGACUAGCAGUUGUCUCUUUACCUGUCUCCAUCAUUGUUGUUACCUUGAUUCUUCAAUUUUUAAGCUUUUCCAAAACUGGCUACUUCCCUAGCUUUCAAGAAGGCUUGAUUAGCUUUUCCAGGUUGAUGGUACCGAUCUGUUUGUUUGUUUCAGUUUUAUCUCCUCUGGCAUGCAACCCAGGAAUUCAGAAGUUGCUGUACUAUGUUGAUCUAAUUGCUGUUACAAGACCUGGUGAAUUGAAAGAUGUACAUGUCAAUCCCUAUUUUUUGGGUAUACAAGAGAAGCAGCUCUGGAUUCUUGGUCCAAUCUUCAUGUCAGUUGCCUUGUCCCUUGUUUUCACGAUUAACUUCAUUCUUCAGCUCAUUUCUAUUGUGAUUUUACAAUUUUACACUGUUUUAAAGUCAACUUUCAACUUAUUCGCUGGUUUAAAAUCAAAAGAGACUAAAGUGGCUCUUGGGAAGACAACCAAUGGUGAAAUCACUGAAAAACGCCGUCUUGCUGGUACCAUUUUGCUACUAGGGUUUGUAAUGUUUUAUAUCCCUUUCCAGUUUGCUUAUGUUGUUUGUUGCAUUGUUCAAGGUAUCGUGUGUUUGAAAGCAGUUUCUACUAGAGAUUUAAAUUUCCUAAAUUUCAACAAGUCCUUAUUUGUUUUAAUGUUGUGGAUCGUUCCAGUUAAUGUUCCAGUUCUAGUUGUGUUUUUCCAUAAUAUGGCUGUCAGAUGGGAAACACCGUUCUCAUCACAUCAUAAUAUUUUGGCUAUUUUGCCCAUCAUUUUAACUGUCGGUAAAAAUGUACAGGGUUUUAUGCUUCCACAACCUCAAUUUCCAUUACAAAAGAAAGUCACUGUUUUUUUACUAUCCUAUUUUGCAUUUUUUUCGUUGGUUUACGGUGUUAGACAUUUGUAUUGGUUGCAUUAUUUAUUCAAUUUCUUUUGUGCUUGGAUUUUUAUC